UUACAUAGUGACUCCCAUAGGAUAUAUCCGAAGCAACAUUUUAUCAUGUUGCUGUGCCAAUUUGUGUGGAUAUUGCUCUGUGUAUUGAUGAAAUAUGGAUUCGUUGACGCGAAUGGUUCCCCUAGGAUUCAACCAUUUGGAUUUCCGAAAAACGUAACGUUCGGUCAAACGAUUAAAACAUUUUGUAGUGCAGUUGGCAAGGAGCCACUAUCUUUCGAAUGGAAAAAAGAUGGAUUACCGCUUUACAAUUCGCAACAUAUUAAAAUACAAACUCAUGACGAUUUUAGUGUUCUUACAAUGUCUUCUGUGGAUUAUCACACUCCAGGAAAUUAUACGUGUGUCGUAAAAAAUACGGAAGGCUCAACGAGCCACAGCUCAGCACUUGUUAUACAAGCUCCUCCAAAGUGGACGAAAGAGCCUCAAGACUCAUCUGUUGGCCUCGAAGGAAGAGUCAGUUUAGACUGUGAAGUGAGGGGACACCCGAGGCCGAGGAUUACUUGGUCUCGAGUUGAUGGAGAGGCUCGUUCGACCCUCAAAACAGCAGAUAGAUAUCACAUCGCGGAUAACGGUUCACUAAUUAUCACUGAUGUGAAGCCAGAAGAUGCCGGGAAAUUUGAAUGCCACGCUUCUAAUGAUAUUGGCGAGGGAUUAACGAAAGUAGUAUCACUAAGCGUACAUGUUCCAGCUCGAUUUGAAAACAAGUUUAAAGUAGAGACUGUCCGGUGGGGUGAGACAGCCAUUCUGCACUGUGAAGCCUUCGGAGACAAACCUAUCACACUAACGUGGACCAAAAAUCAAAUGCCUAUUUCAGAGAAAGAGAGCGCAAGGUACGAAGUGUACGACAGUACAUCAGAUCGCGGUACAACUUCGGAACUGCAUGUGCAAGUGACGGACCGAGAAGACAAUGGAUUAUACGUGUGCAUCGCCAAAAACGCUUUUGGGAAAGACGAACGGACUGUCAAACUAGUGGUACUCGAGGUUCCGGGUCCCCCAAGCGACGUUCGAGUGGAACAGACCUGGAGUCAAAGUGCUACUGUUCGAUGGAACACCCCGUAUGGGGGGAACAGCCCGAUCACUUCUUUUAUUGUCCAGUAUUGGAGAGACGCUGGUGCUCCCCAUAGGCUGGAAGAAGAGAAAGUGACCGCAUCCCAGACGUUCACGAUGCUCAAGGACCUUCAGCCCGGCACCUCCUACGUCGUCAGGGUUCUGGCAGAAAACGAUGUUGGUCGAGGAAACCCGUCCGAGUCACAACAGUUCCUUACCAAGGAAGCAGAGCCAUCAGCGCCCCCUACUGACGUCACCGUGGAAUCUCGAGGAGCAGGAACGUUGCGAGUUAAAUGGAAGACACCACCACGUGAUCAGUGGAAUGGUCAGUUAAAAGGCUAUUACAUCGGUUAUCAGGUGUCGUCAAGCAGUGAUCCUUACUCCUUCAAGACGGUCGAGUUUAGUAAGCAGGGAGAGGAAGAAUAUCGGCUGACCAAUCUGCAAAGAGCUACUGAAUACAGGGUCAUCGUCCAAGCCUUCAACAGCGCGGGCAGUGGACCUGCAUCGCAGGACGUAGUGUCAAAGACGUCUGAUACAGAUCCCCCUUCUCCUCCUUUCCUGUGGGUAGAUUUUCAGUCCCGAUCCAGCAUUCGACUCAAGUGGAAGCACAAGACCCCAGCCACUCCCAAAACGGAAGACGAUAAAGCAGCACCCACAGCAUCCCCUGCACAUUACACGUUAUACUACAAAGACGAAUACGGCCCAUGGAGUGAACUGACUGUACCUCGAACAGCAGAGAACGAAUACACGUUGACUAGCUUGCGUGAGGGCACUAGGUACCAGCUCUACAUGCGAGUAACUUCGGAAGCCGGAGACAGCGACCCCAGCGAUGUCCUUACGGUCAGGACAGAAGGUGGAGCGCUAUCGGACAUGUCAUCUCACCCGAUUGUGGAGAGGGGCGAGGACACCCCCAUCUACCUUCGUCUGCCGGUGAUUGCACCCCUGGGAUCGUCUGUCGGUGUAAUUUUCCUGGUGCUCGUAGGGGCCUGUUUCUACGUCAGAAGGGAGGAGAAGCGCAACAAAGCAGCUGUGCCAGGCGGCCCGGACCGCCGCUACUCCUACUGUGGCAGUUCUACUUUGCCCCACCCUCGCAGCUACGUGGACGUGGAUAAGAACCGGCCCCUGUUGCGAAUGCCCCUGGCCCCGCACCCCCCUCCGGAGGGGUACCCGGCCCCAUACGCGACCAUGCCCAUCAGGUGCGGAGGAGUCAUGGGAACGGAGAGGAAGCGACUCGGACCUGACGAAUGCAAGGCCAUCGUCGUCGGACGGAACGGGAUGCUUCAUCACGCUACCAUGGAUCGUAAACGCAUGGCCGGCCUCACCAUUCAAGAAACAGCCGAGGUACACCAUUACGACAUGGCAGCCUGAAGGAGUGGCUACUGAUGUAUCUCUCAGCGAAUCAAAAGAGGCAGCUCUCUCUUUAUCGAUUCAUUUAUUCGGUUCCUCAAUCGAUUGCUAUUUGCUUUGGAAGGGGGAAUCAAUUUACAUCAAAGAUUUCACCUACGAGUUUAGAUGUCGUGCUCUUGUGAUCAUCCUUGAAAGUACAAAAAUACCAAAAGAGCUGAACUGAAGAAAUUAACUGAGAAAAUUGUCCACAUCUAUUGGAAUUAUUUUCCUUUUCUUUAGGUCCAAAGUGCUUUCUCGAAUAUGUCUUUCAUUUAGUUUUCCUAAUUCUUAUCAGAAGCAAACAAGACUGAAUGAUUUGAAUGUAAAAUAAGUACGCUGGCAAAUUUUGAUACAUAUCAUCGACGGAUGUUCACUCCGAAGAUGAUUUCAUCAAUGUGUAGGGAAUAGCAAGAAAUGUAUGUAAUUUAUCUAGA